CCUUCGGCCGGAACCACUGCACCAGCCCGCGGGGGUAAGGCGGCAGUCGCCGACUCCGCGCUCCACUCAGCCUGGGAGCGCGCUGGGGGCCGUUGGAAUCCGGCAUGGCCCGGACCCCCGCGGCGCUAGUGCUGCCGCCUCUGCUACUCCUGCUGCUGGAGACUCCUGCGCAGGUCUACCAGGACUAUCAGUACUUCGGCCAGCUGGGCGAAGGUGACACCUGGGAGCAGCUGAGGCUGCAGCAUCUAAAGGAAGUCGAGGACUCGAUCCUUGGCCCGUGGGGAAAUUGGCGGUGUCUCUGCGACCAGGGCGAGCAGGAGCGCAGCCGCGAGGUGCUAGGCACAACGUCCGGCCCGGUUUUCAUGAACCCGGAGAACCUGAUCCAGAUACGGCCCUGCCGGCAACGGGAUUGUCCAUCCUGCAAACCCUUCGACUGCGACUGGAGGCUCUGAGCCCAGGCAGGGCCCCAGAGACCGUGAAGCAGAGCUUGCAAAGCGACCCAGUCCAACGAAUUCACCACACUUAAAGCGCUCGGCUAUAACCCUUCAGGACUACAAUUCCCAGGGGGGCGCGCAGCAGCGACGUCGGCGUCGGCUG